AUGAAAUGGACGCUGUUCAUAGUCAGUCUCAUAUUUGUCAUUCCCAUAGCAUUCUCAUGUCCGGAAGUUAUUCAACAGUUUUGUAAAUGUGAAGAAAACAAUAAUGGUGUUAGAUUAGAUUGUUCAAAUUCUAAUGGGAAUGGUAUUGUUCAACUGUUACGAGAGAAUCAAGUGAGAUUGGGAUUAAUCCAAUCACUCACAUUAAAGAAUGCUGAGUUAACAUCUAUUCCAAAGAAUUUCUUUGAAGGAUUAUUUAUCAAACAACUUGAUUUAUCUCAUAAUGACAUAAAAACUGUUGAUAAUGAAGCUUUUGGUGGAAUGAGCAAUGUCCUGACAGACAUCUCUUUGUCCAAUAACAAGUUAACAAAGAUUCCUACAGCUGCUAUCUCUUUCCAACGUAGUUUAUUUCGCCUUGACCUAUCUAAUAACACUAUUGGAGAUCUAAGGUCGGAUGACAUCUUCCCUUCUUUGCCAAAGUUAUUUGACAUCAACUUGAGCGGGAAUAAGAUUUGUAAAAUACAAGGAGCAGUAUUUGAGAAAUUGAAGAACGUACUUCAAACACUAAAUUUGGGUAGAAACUGUUUAAGUGCUGUUCCAUCUCAAGCCAUCAGAGGUCAAACCCAACUUCAAUCACUUCAUUUGCAUUUCAAUAACAUCUCAUCGCUAGAAGCUUUAAGCUUUUUGAAUUUGCCUGUCUUACAGUUACUCAACUUGGCUAAUAAUGCAAUUAAUGAUAUCAACACUCAAGCAUUCAUUAAUGUUCCCAAUUUGAGAUAUCUCUAUUUGACCAAUAAUCGAAUCGGAAAGCUUAUUAGCCAUCAAUUCAAUUCCUUCGAGAAAUUAGAGUUUCUCGAUUUGACUAACAAUCUUUUGGAAAAAGUUCCAUCAGGAGCAUUUUCUGAUCACACAUACUUAAGACAGGUUUACUUAGGUAACAAUUCCAUUACUGAAUUGGAAAAGGAUGCUUUCCUGAAUAGUUCUAUUGUGAUUCUUGUAAUUUCAAAUAACAAGAUUUCCGAACUGCCAGAAGACGUCAUUACCGGACUGCCAAGCUUACAACAGCUGUCUUUCAAGAAUAAUGAGAUUCGGAUAAUUCAUCAGAAUGCUUUCCACAACAUUCCAUCCACAGUUGUAUUAGAUCUCAGUUACAAUAAAAUUGAAAAUUUGGAACCAAACACAUUCCUCGCCCAAAUUAAUUUACUUUUCAUUGAUUUAAGUCAUAAUAAGUUUGCCAAAACUCCUCAUGAGAUUCUCAACCGUAGAACUGGUACUGUUGUUUUGAAAGAAAAUCCUCUCGUUUGCACUGAAAAUCUUCACAUGGUACAAGAUGGUGUUGGAAUUUAUAUUCCAAAAAGCGAAGACAUCAUUUGUAAUCGUGAAAAACCAAAAACGGAUGAAAAGCCGUCCUUGAUAACUGAAAAAAUCGAAGAAUCUCCAGUAAGCACUGGAAAGCUUGAUGACUCUCCAAUUAUUACGGAAACUGUUAAUGUAACAACUGAAGAGCCAGAGAUAGCUCAGAGCUCAUUGAGAAUCAGACCAUCUUCUCUUCUCAACAGAAAAAAGCCAGAAAACACUUUGUUGAGAACCUCAGAGAUUGUGAGAUCGGAACAAAGAGAUGAUAUUCAACAAGAUACUCCAAGAGAACAAGAAACAUCUACCUUAUCGGUUGUAACAACAACUUCUUCAUCCAACUUUGUUCCAAGACGACCUGAAGACAAUCCAAAUCGUAUAUUACCUUUCCCAAUCCCAUUCCUGAAAAUGGCACCCAACAAUGGACGACAGGUUGUGCGGGUUAUCCGUCCUGUCUCUUCAACCACACCAUCCAUUGAAACCACCGAAAGUUUCAGCCUUCCCCCAUCCAUUAUUAUUGCAAGCAAAGCUUCACAAGCACCUUCAGAUUCGAAGCCAUCAACAAACUCCGUUGAUUUCGAAAGAUUUGCUCUUCGUCGUGAAAACGAAGAAACAGUACCAAAGAUAUCAAAAAGUAAAUCAUUGCCAACAACAGCUAUAAUCAUCUGUUUGUCAACAGUGAUUGUAAUAAUGCUCUCUGUUUUUGUUAUUUUAUGCGCUGUGAGGCAUAAAUCCUCUAGGCAGAGCUCAAGAAGAUUUCAUGCACCAAGAGGGCUGCAAGCCUGUGAUCUUUACUAG